CGUCCACUUCGCGGCCUUCCCCCGCCAGCGAGACGGGGAGCACAGCGCCCGGCGCGCGGCACCCUCCCGCGGCAUGGGCUGUCAGGAUGUCUUCGGCGAGUUGGACAACCGGGACGUUCUGGACUCCCCACCGCGCCGGCACAGGCGGCACCUCUCAGACGGGCACGACGUGUCGGGCCAGUUCGGCACACUGGACUCUCCGCCGCGCCGGCAGAAGCAAGGGCGCAAGCGGCACCGCGCAGCCUGGCACGACGCGCACGACGCGUCUGCCUUGCGACUCCCGCAGGCUCCGCAGGCCGACGAAGAGGAGGCUCUAUCGCCGGUCCGUCAGAGAGACUUCUCCGGUCUCCUGGACGACGACACUCCGCCCUCGGCGUCGAGCUUCCAGUACCGUGACCGCCCAUGCGAUGAUCGCGAGGAUGAGCUGAGCUUUGAUCAGCGACACGCUUCCUCGUCGUUCGAGGAGGGCGGCCACGAGAGGGACUUGUUCGACGAGGACGGCGACGACGGCGACCUGUGGCGCGAGUGCCCCACGUCCGCCUCGCCUCCGGGGUCCCCCGAGUUCUCCAUUCCCCGGCGCGACGACCGAUUCCCGCGCCACCAGGACUCCCCGGGCGAGGACGACCGAGAGGACGGCGCCUCGUCGCCGAUGGCGUCUUUCUGGGCGCGGAGAGGGUCGCCGUCGUACAGCCCGGCGCCGCAGCGCGCCUUCAACUGGCGGCCUUCUCUCUCCCCCAGACUAUCCAGGGGCCGCGACGAAGACCCCUUCGCCUACGUGCCGCAGUCCACGCUGCUGGCGCCGCGCGGGGAGGACGAGGACGGCGACGCCAGCAGCGCCAGGUCAGCGUGCUGCACGUCCCGAUCGCCCCGCGGAGCGCGCUCUCGGCGGCCGCCGCCCCCGUCGCCGGCCCCCUCGCCGGCCGUCAGCGGCAAAAUGAUCUUGUGCUUGUCGCCAGCCGAGCGGAGCACGCCCCCACCCAACGUGUCCAAGUGGCACGGCUACAUGGGCUAGCCGGAUCCCCGACACAUUUAUUUCCUCAAUUCAAAUUGACUGUUGAGUUUUAAACUGUUAUUUUUAUCUUUCGUUUAUUUUUCAUUUUUUGUUAAAGUUUGAUUUAAAAUAUUGAUCCAUUUACAGUGUUGCUGUUAUUGUUUAAUUCUAAUGAAAUCCGUACAUAACUUA